AUGUCCCCACCACCAUCCUCAUCGUCCAGCGACUACGGGAGCGAUAUCAACCUCCCAGACCUCGACGGCCACGAUUCCUCAACGACUGCUGUUGCCAGUGGUAGUGACUACGGCAGCGACAUCGAUCUUACUGACAUCGACCUCCUCAACCUUCUUGACGAUCCAGCACAUCUAUACCCGCCGCUACCACAUUAUGAUUUCCCGGCGCGGCCCCCCAACCAGGCACCUCUGGUGGUGCAGUACGAAACCGAGCCUCCGCAGACCAGCCCAACACCAACACUCCCAACGAUCAGUCCCGCGCAGCCCGAGAUGGAGGCCGCUGAUACUUCCCCGCCACUCCCGGGGAGAUCUCCGUAUGAGCGUUUUCGGUCGAGGCGUGGCCGGUUGAGCGUCACAGAUCUGGUCAGUGGCGUGUGGUGUGAACAGCAGUUUAUGUAUACGUUAGAAACGGGGUUUAAGCGUAAUACGCCGGCGAUGCGAAGGGGAACGAGGCUACAUAAAGUGCUAGAAGAGGAGGUACAUACGACCGUGCCUGUGACGGUCAAAACGAAAGAAGACCAGUGGGGGCUUAAGUUGUUCAAUAUAUGCCAGGGACUUCAGUCACUAGCGGAGUAUGGAAUGACGAGAGAGCUAGAAGUAUUUGGGUGGUUGGAUGGGAUAUUUAUUAGUGGGGUUAUCGACGAGAUAACUUAUGACCACCCUCGGCCGGAUGGGGUGGAGGUGGAGGCGGGGACGGAGGCGACAGAGACUCCGUCGGAUGAUGAGAGUUUCACGACCUGCCCUGACGAUGUCCCAAAGGUUGUUUAUAUCACGGAUACCAAGACCCGCAUGACGCCCACAGUACCUAAGCAGUCACAGCAACUUUCCGCAUCGCUGCAGUUGACAUUUUACCAUACGUUGCUCGCCUCGUUGCCCUCUGUUCCAUUUAACGAGGUCAUUGCGCACCAUAACCUCUCUCCGACAGCCCGAUUCUCGGACACAUUUAUCGCACAGAUUGCAUCAAUGCAGUCCACCAUCUCACUGCAAGACCUCCUUGACAAUAACUCACUCCCGGGGAUGUGGUCUUUGGUGCUGUCCCAGUAUGCUAAAGCCAUAGACAGCAUUGGUGACACAGUCGGUGUGACAUACCGCUUCCAGGGUAAUGGUGAAGUGAUCGCGGAGCGGUCAUGGCGGGUAGAGGAGGAUGUGCGGGAGCGACAUCUAGAUGAUGUAAUGCAAUGGUGGAAGGGCGAGAGGACAACUAGAGGCGUGGCCAUCGAGGAAGCAUGGAAAUGCAGCAUGUGCGAAUUCCAGGAGGGAUGUACAUGGAGACUCGGGAAGCUCGAGGAGACUCGGAGGAAGGCAAGGGAUAGUUUUGCAGCGAAUGAGAAGGUGGAACCGAGGGAUAAGGUUGAGAUCAACGAGGACGCGUUGAAGACGGUAGAGAGGGUGAGGAGGGGGAGAAAGGCGGCAGGAGAAGCGGUGGCUAGCGACUCUGAUACCAACAAAGAGGAGAAACCGAGACGCCGUAGAUCGAAGAAGAAUAAAGAUAUCGCUACUACCGCCACUUCUGACGAAGCAGUACAGGUGGUAAAGAGAGGCAGAGGUAGACCGAGGAAGGACGAAAACGCCGCCGUCAACGCUGCUACGUCCACUACCACUACCACAGGCAAAGAAGCACAAGUGGUAAAGAGGGCUAGAGGUAGACCGGGAAGAGAUAGUAAUAUAGAUCCUUCUUGA